UUUUUCCUCAUUCAUUUUCACAAAUGAGUGUCGAGAUUGGGAAUUUGUCGUCCGGCUACCUCUCGUUUGUUUAAAUUGAAAAAAUAUAAAAUUUAAUUGUAUUAUUACUUUUUUUAUUUUUGAAAAAUCUAUUUCAAUUCGAAACGAAAAUAUAUUAAUAUUUUUUUUUGUGUUAUUUUUACUUUAUUCACACAUAUGAUAUAAUAAUUUGAAGUUAAAAAAAAAAAAAACAAUGAUUGAAAUAAACAAAACUACAAUUGGAAUUGCUGCUGGGGUUGCCGGAACAUUAUUUCUUGGAUAUUGCAUUUAUUUCGACAAGCAACGUCGUAGUGAUCCCGAAUAUAGAAAGAAAGUUCGUGAGAGGAGACGUCGCCAACGUAAAAAUGGCACCACAUCCAAAAGUGGUAUGCCCAAUUUGAAUGACCACGAGGCAAUCGAAAGGUAUUUCUUGCAAGAAAUUCAAUUGGGUGAAUCCCUUAUUGGUCAAGGUGAAUUCGAAAGUGGCGUCGAGCAUUUAGCAAAUGCCAUUGUUGUAUGCGGACAACCCGCUAGACUGUUGCAAGUCUUACAAACAUCACUGCCGGCUCAAGUGUUUGGUAUGCUCAUUCUGAAAAUGCAAGAAUUCGGAAGUCGAGCAACAGCUGAAGCAGAAGAGGAAAAAGGACCCAGAUUAGUUGCGGCCAGCAGCAGUUCGGUGUCUGAUGUUGUUCCUAGUGGCUUGGCAGGAGAGGGACCUGUUGGUGGAGUUAUUAUUGAUGAUCUUGAAUAAAAAUCUAACAUAUUAAACAGAAAAAAAAAAGAGAUGAUUAAAAAUGUUAUCAUUGUAAAAAAAAUAAUACAAAAAAUUUGAAAAAAAAACCAAAAGAAAAA